CAUCUACAAGCAUCUUGGCUGUAAUCUUUGAAUUGAGGAAUUGCAACAUUAAAAGAAAACGUGGAGGUGACGUCGACCAGAAAGACGACCUUUUAUUUUCACUCGACGCAAAGAUGUUUAGUUCGACGACGCGCGUACUUUCUCUGUCGACUCGUCUUUCUAAACAGAUACAUAGAUUACAACGCCAGGAGAGGGUCAUUCAGGCAUGUGCAAAUUGUAUGCGAAGGGCUCAGUGCACAUUAGCUAGUCCACAUGAAAGUACUGAAAAGUCCUACCCUCCGAAGAUCCAAAGCAUUGUGGAAGAUAUUGGUCAGCUCACACUGCUUGAAGUAGCAGAUCUAAAUGAACUAUUGAAGAAAACUCUGAAGAUUAAAGAUGCUCCAGUCAUGGCAAUGGCUAGUGCCGGUCCUGCAGCUCCAGCAAAGGAGGAAGAGGAGGAAGUUACAACCACAAGAGAACAGACAUCAUUUGAUGUUAAACUACUUGGAUUUGAUACUGCCAAAAAGAUUGCACUGAUCAAAGAAAUCAAGAGUAUUUGUGGCCUCAAUUUAGUUCAGUCCAAGACUUUUGUGGAGAAGACACCGCAGAUAGUGAAAUCGGGUAUCUCUAAAGACGAAGCAGAGAAAAUGAAGGAAGCAUUAGUGGCUGUGGGAGCAUCAGUGGAUGUUUUGUAGAAAAAGAAAUUGAUAACUAUUUCAUAAUAGAAGAAACUUACUUAAAUGAUCAAGAAUUGGUGUUUAUACGGUGUAAAACUUGAAUAUUUGUGAUAAAAAAUACUGUACUUGUAUUGAUA